AUGGAAUACAUAUUCUUUUCACCUGUACGCCACAUAACCCGGGUUGAACUCUGUACAUUCCAAAACAAUUCGUCGAUAGUCAGCUAUACAGAGACAUAUGGUUCAACUCAACGAGUACCUACCUUACCUGACGUGCGGCGUAGUCGAAUUGUCCAUUCGAUGCCUUAUCAAAGCAAGCAUCAUCACGAACGUCAUUGGGGUCCUUUUUUCGAGGAACCGGUCAACGUGACUUCCGGGGCGGCCUUGCAGGUUGGAUAUCAUUUAUCAACGGAGGCUAUCCUCAACUGUAGGGUAGGAAUGCUUAAAGAUAAAACGGUGAUGUGGAUACGGCGGACCACCGAUAAGGUGUCGUUACUCACCGUUGGCAAUAAUACGUACAGCGGGGACCCGAGGAUAAAGGUCAAAUUUCAAUAUCCCAAUAAUUGGAGGCUACAUAUCAACCCGAUCAAAUCCGACGAUGCUGGACUGUACAUGUGCCAGGUGUCGACGCAUCCUCCGCGAGUGUUUGCAACGAAUCUGACCGUCUUGGAACCAGCCGUAAGAAUAGUGGACGAGAUGGGCUACGAGUUCUUCGACCGUUACUACAAAUUGGGCAGCACGAUCGAGAUAUCCUGCCAAGUGUCGACGUCGUAUCUGGCGAGUCUUCCGCCCAGUUCCAAGUCCGUCGCCCAACAGCAACGCUCGAGGACUUCCGUUGGUGCACAGGCGAACACGUUGGACGAGAUGGCGAAACAAGGCACCAAAACCACCAAAGACGAUAACAAACUGUUGGAUUCGACGGAGAGAGGGUUGAUAAGCUGGACCAAGGACGGCGCCGAGUUGCCGAAGGACGUCAAGAUGAGUUUUAGCGGCACCAAGCAGUGGCUCAUCAGCCGGAUAUCGAUUCUGCAGGCAAAUCGUGUCCACAAUGGCGUCUACAACUGUACCGUUGCCGGCAGGCAGAGUCGGUCGGCUCAGGUGCAGGUUCUGAACGGUGAAACUCCGGCCGCUGUUCAGCAUAAUUUUGGGAAUCGACGAGAAUCGACUGUUAUCUUUCCAAUAGCAAACUUUCAAAAGACUGCUGCUGGACCGGGUCGUGGCGGAUCAUCGCGGAAGCCGGAAGUAGGGAAAACUGCCAUCGAAAAAUGCUACCAGUUUCUCGGCUGGAUAUCUGAUAAUAAGCAAGUGAAAACCCACGAAUAG